AUCCCAGAAAAAUAUGGGCCUUGAGCCAAAAAAACUUAUUCAAGAGGUUUCAACGAGAUGGAACUCUACAUUUUAUAUGGUUUCCAGAUUUGUAGAGCUGCAGGACGCGGUAAAAACUACUAUCGCUUUAAUAAAUAAAAAUUUACCUGUUUUGUCAGAGGAAGAGUGGGGAUUAUGCAAAGAGCUAAGCACAAUCUUACGUCCUUUUGAGGAGGUCACUUCACAGAUUAGUGGGGAACGCUACGUGACAGGUAGCCAAGUGAUACCCCUAACAAGAGGCCUGAUGUCCGUGUGUAAAAAAAUGCAAAAGGAGCCAUUCAAACCAGUUAUUCAAAAUAUUAUUAAUGAACUGCUGCAUGGUCUCGAGAAACGCAUGGAAAAUGUUGAACACAGCAAAACAAUAGCACUUGCUACUCUUUUAGAUCCCAGAUUCAAACUUGCUGUCUUCAAAGACGAAACUGCAAAGCAAUUGAUCAAAAAAACAUGUACAGAACUUUUAGCUGCAAUCUGGACAGAGACACAUGGCAAACCUUGCACAGCAGAUGAUGAAGAAAUUGGUAACACUCAAAACAAAGAUGGCAACGUAGAUUCCGCAAAAUUUUCCGUCUGGGAGGACGUUGACAACAUAAUUGCCAAGGAGAAACCUACAGGUACGAAGACCUCCGCUGCAAUUGUCGAGUUGAACCGGUACUUAGAUGACAGCUAUCUAGGACGGAAAAAAGAUCCUAUGGGCUGGUGGAAAGAGAAUCAACAUGUAUACCCUAUUAUGAGCAAAUUGGUGAAAUUAAAAUUUAACGUCAUGGCUACAUCCGUCCCAUGUGAACGACUUUUUUCUAAAGCAGGAAAUUUUUUGACAGAACGCCGAUCAAGACUGAGUUCAAAACGAGCAGAGCAGUUGCUGUUUUUGAAUGGAAAUCUAAAUCUUCUACAGUAAAUAGAAAUCAAAAAAUUUAAGUUAUAUAUAAGUUCUGCAAGUUAAAUAUAUGAAAUUAUGUAAUUCAUUUUCUUGCAAUUAAUCUUAUAUGAAGCCAUAGUGUACAGUUUGGUUAUAUUGCCCAUUUUAUUUUCUAAAUAUGCUUAAUUGUGUCUUUGAAUCUCCAUACAUUCGUGUAUCUUCAUUUAAUCUAAAGUACAAUAUUUGACAGUGUAAUUGUAAUGUACAUUUGAACAAUAUGUUUAUGUAUGUAUAUAUUUGUAAUUUAUAAAGUGUUCCUAUAUGAUUUAAU